AUGGAUCCUGCCGCAUUGACUCCGGCUUAUAUCGAAGAACAGAGACGUUUAAGAAAUUUGCGUAAAGCUAAUAAGAAGAAAGUUCAACCUCCACAAGUAGUAAAGAGUAAAUUUAUAAAGAGACCAUUUCUUGAAAUUCCUAAUAUAAAUAGUAAUCCUGAUGGAUUCUUCAUAAAAGUAAUGUCAUAUAAUGUGUUGGCUCAAACUUUAAUUAGAAGAAGUUUAUUUCCAACUAAUGGUGAUGCAUUAAAAUGGUCUUGGAGAUCAAAGGCAUUACUUGAAGAAUUCAAACAUUAUGAUGCUGAUAUUUUAUGUCUUCAAGAAGUUGAUUAUAUUCAAUAUAAUUCAUUUUGGUUGAAGGAAUUCUCCAAUUUGGGAUAUACUACCAAAUUCUAUAGAUCUAAAUCUAAAAACCAUGGAGUAGCAAUUGUUUAUCGAUCAUCAAUAUUUGAAUGUAGACACUUAUGUUUUAUAAAUUAUGAUACUGAUAUUGUAUCAGAAACUUUACCUUCAGCAACUGCUAUAACUCAAAAUAUUGGACUUUUGGUAUAUCUACAAUUCACAAGUACUAUUCUUAAGAAAUAUCCUCAUUUGUCCAAAAGGAAUGGAGUAGUAAUUGGUUCAACUCAUCUUUAUUGGAAACCAUUUGGUUCAUUUGAAAGAACAAGACAAACAUAUAUUUUAUUACACAGAUAUAAAGAAUUCUUACUUUCGUUAAAUGCAGUUUUGGAGAAUUCUAAAGGGUUUUAUACAUUUAUGUGCGGAGACUUUAAUAGUCAACCAUUUGAUUCACCAUAUCUCUCGAUAGUUGCUAAACCUAUUAAUUAUCAUGGAAGACAUACUACGGUUCUUGCCUGUUCACUAGAUCAUUUUCAAAAGGCAGAAUCUUUAAAAGAAGAGGAAGCAGAGGAAAAGGAAGAGGAAGAGGAAGAUGAAGGAGGAGAAGAACGAGAUGAAGAAUCAAAAGAUCCAUCUCCAGAUACAUUUGAUGCUACUGAAGAUCAAUUACGAAGCAUUCAACAACUACAAGAUACUCAUAAUUCUCUUAAUAUGCGAGCUAUAUCUUUAUAUUCAGUAGGUUACAAACUUGUACAUCCUGAAAAUUCAGGCUUAGAUAAUGAUCGAGGUGAACCAAUAUUUUCUAAUUGGGCAAAUCAUUGGCAGGGACUUCUUGAUUAUAUCUUUGUUAUUUCUAAUUGGGAAAUUAAUAAGGAUAAGAAUUAUUUCAAUAAUAUAGAUUCAGUGGAAGAUUUAGUUGAGCAUCAAGAAAUAAAAUUAACUCGAUUAUUAAGACUUCCAUUACCUGUUGAAAUGGGUAAAGAACCAAAUGGACAACCUAGAUUAAAUCAAUAUCCAUCCGAUCAUUUAUGUUUGAUGGCAGAAAUUGAAUUAGUUUAA